GGUUAGUCCAUACUAAUUAAGUAUUGUUGUUAUCUUCUCUCACCAAAAACUUUUUAGCUUCUUCACCCCAAAUUCUUCUCAAAAAAAUGAACAAACUAAGAUGGGUAAUGGAUGGAGGAGGGUUCUGGGAAGUAGACGUAUCAACCCCCGUAACCAUUGAUGGAAUUGCUCGUCCUUUACCCAACUAUGCCUCCCUUCCUUUGGGUUUAUCUAGGGGUACCACUCUUUCCAGAGGAAUACAGCUUGAUUUCAUCCAGAGAUUCAUGGCUGCCCCUUUCGUUCCUUCCUUUUCUGCUUCAAAUGGUUUCUCUAUCCAGCGUGCUCUCACUAUUCCCUCUGGCAAUGACUGGUUUACCACUUUGUUGGGUCAGUUCAACUUGCAAAAGUUCGUAUCUUCUGUCAGAAAAGCCAAAUUAGAGGACCUCUCUGGGUCCUCUUGGCUGCAAGUCAUUGGAAGAAAUCUAUGUGAGAAAUCAUUUUAUGGGCUUGGUUUUUCUUCCGAGUUUCUGGCACCAUCUGAUGAUGCGUUUCUUUUUGCGUAUGAGGCAUGUGGUGACUCAAAGACUGCUCGUAAGAAGGCCGUUUUUGAACAUAAGUUUCCUCGAUUUAACUUGACAUUAGAGAGAGUUUGGCCUGGACUUUUUAUUGACAAGCAUGGAAAUUAUUGGGAUGUGCCAGUUACACUUGCAGCUGAUCUGGCAUCCGUCACUUCUGACUCUGGUACUGGCUAUCACUUGUCAUUGCAGCAUAUUUCAGGAUCAGCAACGCCAGCUGAAGGUAAUAAGACCAAUGAAGUUCCUGCAAAUCUGCUUCCUGGACUUCAUCUUAAAAGUGCCAUUUCCUUCAAGAAGAAUGUAGAAUUUUGGAGAAGUCAGGGAAAGAAGCUAAAAUUGGUUCUGCCUUUUGAUUUGUUCUUGUCAAGUUCUCAUGUUUCUGGUACAUGUCUUAUAGGCGCAGUUAUGACUACAUUAGUUGGAGAAAAUGCUCUGAGACUGCCGAUAGAUGAUCAACCAAAGGAUUAUACGCGUUUUGAUCUCUAUGCAACUAGAGAGAAAUCAGCCUUCCUUGCGGACCUUUUUGCAUCGUUCUCAUUAUCGGCUCAGUAUGGGAACUUCCAGAAGCGGUAUUUUGAUCUUACGCGGCUCAAUGCUCGAUUAGAUGUACCUUCUGCCUCCAAGUUCUUUUCCGCUGCAGCAUGUGUGGCCCAAAAUAUUUCCAAUUCUAAACAGCCAUCCCUUGAAGCAGUUCAAACAGUUUGCCCCAAAACCAUGCUAUCUUUUCAGCAACAGAUUGCAGGACCCUUCAGUUUUAGAGUUGAUUCAGAACUGGCUGUUAAUUUGAAGAAUGAAAAUUGGAAGGUAAAUAUGGAGAAUCCAGUAUUUGCAAUUGAAUAUGCUUUACAUGUACUUCUCUCUGCAAAGGCCAUUGCUUGGUAUUCACCAAAGCAAAAGGAGUUCAUGGUGGAGCUCCGAUUUUACGAGAGAUAGCUCGUCAUCGUCCUAUAGGAUAUUCUAACUUUAAACUGCACUCGAAUUGUAUUCUUUCCUAAAUUUUUACAAUUUUGAAAUGAAUAUCCUGGUGUCUCAACCAUUUUGUUACGCUGGCUUAUGAUACCUUGUCAAGGAACUAAUUCAAUCAAAGACUUAAGUUGAUGAUUGAAGUCUUAAGAUAUAUUAUAUACUAAUACAUUUAUCA